AACGUGCUUGUUUGUUUGUUUAUGUGAUUUUUCAGACAGCUGGCGAAUUUGAAUCUGCUGUUUGAGAAUUUUAGUAUCCAGCUCUGACCAGCGGUUUUACCGUUAUGAGCUUAGAGGAUUUUGACAAAUUAAAUUAUGGUCUUCCCCUGGUAUCGCAUGAAGGCGUUGGAGUAUCUACUAAUGGAAAUAAUACACAAUACCAUCAAGGCAGUUUAAAGCGGCCGAGAACUGAAGAUUAUCCAGAGAUAGGGGUUUAUCAGUCAAACAAACUGAGUAGCUAUAUAUGUACAGACUCAAGAGGUUAUUCUAAAUCAAAGACAUUUUUGUCUGUCAGGCACAAUAAUUAUGUGUAUCAUACAGAAGAUUGGAAACCUAAAGGCUGUACAAUGUAUUUACCUUUACGAGAAGACAUUAUGAUUAAUGUUCAAAACAUUGAGCAAAUAAGUUUUGAAUCAGAUCAGUUCUUUCUAGCUGAUGAGAAAGGAAACUAUGUUGGUGCUAAAUCUGGCCAUGCUGUACAUCUAUGGAGGUUUGAUUCAACACUGCGUAAACUUUAUAUUUCUCGCUCCAUUCUUUUCUUGAAAGAUCAGGAUUUCCAAGAAGUUCAAGUUCAAUUAGAUAAUCUUUGAUCAAACAUUUCAAAGAAAAAUAUUAAACUUGAUCCAUGUUCAAAACUACCAUGUGAAGUCUUAUUGUGCUAUAACCUAGCCUAUUAUUGUAUAUAAUUUAUCUCCAAAUAUAUUUUCUGCAGAAAUGUACAGUAUGUUUGCUAUGGAUGUAAUAUAGAGAAUAGAAUAUAUAUUUUAUCAUAGUUUGUCAAAUUAUAUUGGAUAUAAUUAUGAAUAUCUACUAUUAUUAAUUCAAUCUUAUUUUUCCAUACUAAACUGAACUUCACAUUUUUUCUUGGAAUACUUGCUGUCAAAAUUUGGUUAGAGAGAGGCAUAUAGCCAUUGCGUGCUUUGCCUUAAUUAAAUAACUCAGUUCAUUUCAUAUUUUCAUACUGGGCAUAUAACAGAUUUUUUUAAAGAUGUUUAGUGAGCAUUUGUAAAGAAAUUUUCAGAAUUGGUUUUCUGUGCUGUUUAUAAAUAUCCACAUGUAUCCCCUCCCCUCUAGCUAGUUACCGUUAGUUUAUUUAUAAAUACUUUCCAUUUGUUAUUUUCUUAGUGUACUUAACAAAUGAAAUGCAUUUAUGAAUGAAUUACUUAUGAAUAUCAAGCUAGUGUGUGUGUGUGAGGUUGGGGGAAUAUAUGUGAAAAUAUAUGUUUAUUGUAGAUGUUAACAGAAUUCCUGUGUUACUGUAACAAAUUUUCAUUUCCUCAUUUAAUGAUGCAUGUUAGAAAAUAUAAUCAUUGGCACCUCUAAAAAUAUGAUUAAAGGCACAUCUAAAAAUAUGAUUAAAAAAAAACUACCUAUGAAUUUUAGAUUUAUGUAUGUUUUAUUUAUGUAAAAUAAAAAAUCUGAUGUAUACACCACAU